AAAGCGGAGUUAAACUUUGACUUAAACAGGAAGCACUUCAAGACUGAAACACUUAGUCUUUUGAGGAGAGGAGCCCUGCUGACAGGUUUUGUUGCCCGGGACCAUGAGAGGUGCACAUUUGCUACCCUUGACUUUUCUCGUCAGCAUUGCUCAUGGGAUUGGUCUGGAGGACAAAAUGGGGCCAUUAGGACAUCUAGUUUUAGAUGUGCCAGAGGCUACACCUGUGCCCUAUGCCAUUUACAAGUUUACAUCUGCAGUGGAAGGUGUUUCAUCAUACCAUAUAAGCGGAGAGACUGAAGGAAAGAUCAGUGUCUCUUCAGACGGCUGGCUAUUCCUGGAGCAGUUUCUGGAAUGGAGCCCUGGGAAAAGCCACCAUCUAGAUAUUGAAGCACGUUCAGCAGAUGGUGAAACCCUUGAUGGGCCUUAUUCAGUUGUGUUGCAAGUCGUAGAUGUCAACAACAAUCCCCCUGUCUUUGGUGAGAACCAGUAUGAUGGCCGUGUUAGAGAGCAUUCACCUGCAGGAGUUCCAUUCACGCAGGUGUUUGCUACUGAUGCAGAUGAUCCCAGCACAAUAAAUGCCCAACUGAGAUACAGUAUUGUGAACCAAAUCCCAAAUCCUGGAAAAGUUUUUUACUUUGGCAUUAACCCGGAUAAUGCAGAAAUCUUUAUAACAGAGGAAGGAGCAGAAUUUCUAAAGGCCAGGCCUACUAUAAGGUACAGCCAAGAUGAGGUCCAUGGCAGUCCUCAAGUCCUGAAGAAGAAGUUUGAGGACUACUGUAUCCCAAGGAACAACAUACCUCUGGAGAAUAACCCCUUUUACAAAUGCAUUGAACGUGCUGAAAGACGAGAAGCGAAUCUUCUUCAGGAUCCAGACUAUGUGCUGAUUGUUCGUGCAGAGGAUUUAGGAGGUGGAGCUACGAACGCUUUGAGCAGCACGACACGGGUCAACAUAGCUAUCAUUCAAAAUCUCUGGGUCACCCCUGGACCAAUCACCCUCAGAGAAAAUUUGGAAGGGGAAUACCCUAUUCAUCUUGCCACUGUGCGUGCCAAUGAUCCCACUGCACUGUACAGGCUGGUACAGAAAGAAAGACUUUCCUUCCCCUUCACCAUCAAUCAAGAUGGAGAAAUCCAUGUUACCACUCCUCUGGAUAGAGAACAGAAAGAUAUGUACACAUUGGUGGUCAUAGCAGAAGAUGCUCAGGGUGUUGAGCUGGAAAAACCCAUGCAGAUUCAUGUGCAAGUUGAGGAUGAGAAUGAUAACCCUCCUGUGUGUGAAAAAGCUGUGUUUGAGGUGCAAGAGAAUGAGCCCAUAGGUAAUCCAAUUGGUGUUCUGCCCGCUCAUGAUAGUGAUGAGGAAGGCACACUGAACUCACUUUUAGACUACAGACUCCUGAGCCAGACGCCUCCCAAGCCAUUUGGAAACAUGUUCACCAUCAACCAAAACAAUGGCGAAAUCAAAGUGGCAAAUAAAAACUUCCAAAGGAAAGAAGUGCCUCAGUAUGAGCUCACCUUUAGUGUGUCUGACAAAGAUUACUCCACGGAAUGUAAAGCAAUCAUCAAGGUCAUCGACAUCAAUAACGAGAUCCCUGUCUUCGAGAAAAAAGAUUAUGGGACCCACAGUGUUCCUGAACUGGCUGAAGUGGGAACCACUUUGCUCACCAUCAAAGCCACAGAUGCAGAUGACCCAGGAACAGGAAGCUCUAAAGUGGAGUAUCUCAUCACUGCUGGAGACCCACAUAACCUCAUCGCCGUUGAGGUUAAUGAAGCCACUGGAGAGGGCAGAGUCUACAUCGCUCGGCCACUGGAUUACGAGCUCCAGAAUGUCUUCAACCUUCAGAUCGAUGCCCGUAAUCCCGAGCCUCUGAUCGAAGGGGUGAAGUAUAAUGACAGUGCCACCACAUUUGUUGUCAUUCAGCUGGUGGACAUAGACGAGCCUCCAGAGUUUGAAGUGGACACUAUUGAUGUCAAUGUUCCAGAAAACAUCACAGUUGGAACCGUUAUAAUGACAGCUGAAGCCAAGGAUCCGGAGGGAAAGACUAUCAAGUUUAAGAUGGAAGGAGAUGAACAUAACUGGUUGGAGCUGGAUGCUGACUCUGGAGAGCUGAAGACUAAAGCUGCUCUGGACAGAGAGACUGUUGAGCAGAUCUCUCUGACAAUUAUUGCUUAUGAGACAGAGGGAGACAAGCAGGAGGAUGAGAUGAAGGUGGAUAUUCAUCUGCUGGAUGUGAAUGACAACUACCCCAAACUCCAGAAGACACAGGGCUUCAUCUGCGUCCAGGAUAUGACCCCCUUGACACUCACUGCUGUAGAUAAGGAUGCCGACCCCUACAGAGAGCCUUUCACCUUCUCCAUUAACCGCAAGUCACCCAACUUUGAGAUCAAACCUCUGGAUGGAACCUCAGUGCAGCUGAUUUUGAAGAAGAAGCCCCCAAAUGAUCUGGACACCACUGUUCCCAUCAACAUCAAAGACAAUGCUGGGAUGGGUAUCACUCAAAGGUUUGAUGUGCGUAUAUGUAACUGCACUAAAUUGGGCUACUGUUACAUCGAGCCAGGAGCUCACAGCUGGAAACUGGGCAUGAGCGGCACCAUCGGCAUCCUGGCAGGAAUAUUCGGCUUCCUCGUUCUGUUCCUGAUCAUUGUUUUCUACCGAAUCAAGAAGAACGAUCAGCAGAGUCCAGCCGCUCCUGAAGAGAGUAAAGCAAUACUCUAGAGUCCGGAUAACAUGCCAACUGCAAACAUUAUUUGGAACACAAGCCAGGCAAACUGACAUCCAUGACCCUCAACACACAAAGCCCUUUAUUUUGUAAAUCAGUUCUGCAUUUUUAAAACACACUUUUUAUUAUCAUUUAAUAUUCAUGUUCAAGAAUUGCAUCUUCUGACAGUUUUAACAGUAACUUAUUCACAAUGUGGCCUGGCAAAUAUAUUCAAUAUUUUAUAUUUAAAAGACUUUUUUUUUUCAGUUUAAAAAAAUAUAUCUGUUGGCUUCCUAGUGUUUAAAGGGAACACAAAGGGUGUUUUCUUGGAAUUUCUUGGAAUCUUUGUGGAAUAUUUUUAGUACAAAGUACACAAUACAAUAUGAGUAUACAAUAUGUUGUCAUAUUUAAUAUGGAUGAAACCUAUAAAAAAAUGAAAUAUUUUAUUUAUUCCCUAUUGUCCAAGAAUCAAAUAAAAUGUGUAAAAAAAAAACUUUCCAUUUGAUAUUUUUUUGUUUUUAAAUGUCUUGUGCAGGUCAAAGGUCAGGUUCUAUGAAAUGCCCUUCAGUUCUGUAGUGUAAUUGCUUCACUGAAGAAGGCAUAAAAAUCACAGAACGACAGCAUUCUUGGCUAUUUGACUUGGAGAAAACUGGAAUUGUUCAUUCUGUAAAUAAACUUCUACUUUGACCCA